GCCAUAACCACAACUAUAACUGCAUAACCUAUAAGUUGUUCCGGCAAUAUAACCUUUUAAGCAAUAGUUAAGCCUUUAACAAAUAGAAAGUAUUUAAUAAAUAUAAGCCUUUAAUAAAUAGAAAGUAUUAAAAAAGGUAACUUAUCUUAUACAGAUAAAUUAUCAGUAUAUCAUUUUUAGCUAAAGUAAAUGCAUGCUAUCUCAUAAUUAACAAACUAUGCUAAAUAUAGAGCAAAAUUCGCCUGGAUUAGGAUUAAACCCACAAAGUAGAUAACGCUUGGUUAUGGUUUUUAAAUUAGGCUUGAUUAUUACCAUACAGCGUCUAUAUUCUUUGAUACAACUUUGUAGAAACAAUAAUUUGGACUAUGUAGUUAAUAUACAUACCAGAGAAAAUGUAUGGUGCUGUCCCACAUACGAAAAUGGAUGAGCCAACAACAACACGAUAUAGCAAUAAAUUCCUUCACUAUUUCAAAUAUGUCACUGUGGAACCCACAAUGCUUUUAUACAUGAUGGCUUUCAUGACCACAAAUGUAGCAGAGCAAUCAUUUUAUGUUUAUAAGACAUGUACAAUCAACCAUGGAUACAACAAAACGAUCUGUGAUAAUAUCAACAGUCCUGAGUACAAAAAUAUCUCCAAAGAAGUACAGGCUAGCACUGCAAAAUUUCACGUAUGGAACAACUUAGCAGGCCAUGUGACACCAAUAAUAUUAGCACUUUUCAUUGGGGCUUGGUCUGACAAACGUGGUCGAAAACUUCCUUUACUUAUUGGCCUUUUUGGAAAAUUAUUCUUUUCUCUGAUGAUAAUUGUCAACACAGUUCAACCUAGCUGGCCUGUGGAGUAUGUCAUAUUCACUGCCACUUUACCUUCUGCCUUAACUGGAGCAGAUGUUACAAUUUUUGCCACAGUAUUCGCCUACUUGGUAGAUGUUUCAUCAGUGAGCAAUAGGACUAUGAGAGUGACUAUUCUGGAAGUGUGUUAUUUAGCAAGUAUGCCGAUAGGAAUAGCUUUUGGUGGGGUUUUGGCAGCAGCUGGUCCUAUUGUUGCACCUGUCAUAAGAUCUUUGGUUUCUAAAACUGUUUCGUCUUCAGAGAAAGGAAAAGCUUUUGCAGUACUGGCUGUUGCAGAUAAUGCCGUACCUCUCAUAGCAGGAACCAGUUAUAAUGCCCUUUACUAUUUCGUCCUUCCCUAUAACCCAGGAUAUGUAUUUUUCCUUACAAUAGCGACGCAAAUUGGAGUCUUUCUGCUGGCCACGUAUAUUCAUUCAAGAACACACAGAAACGAAUUUGAAGUUGAAAUUCCAAUGCCAAAACCGAUUGUACACUCGGAACUUGAUAGGCUAAAGGAACCGAAUAUGGAAUGAAGACCAUUUAAAAAUAUUUUCCAUGUUUUGUGACAGUAUUCAGUAUUUUAUUCUUUGACCUCUCUGCUCAAAUGAUUGUAGUUGUAGUAUUUUAUAUAUUUUUGUAGAAAUAAAUGUUUAAAAUGACUAA